AUGCAAUCCAAGCUUCUGGUUGCCCUGUCGGCUGCCGCCGCCACCACGCUUGUCUCUGCUGCCGACGAGCGUGUCUUGGGCGUCUACAUCUUCCACCGACAUGGAGAUCGCACUGCCAAGGCUUGGACUCCCGUGAACCUGACUGCCCUUGGCGCUGAGGAGGUUUACUCAUCCGGAUCCUUCUACCGGAAGCGCUAUGUCCAGUCUGAUGCUUCGGUCCGCAUCUCUGGCGUCAGCAGCGACAACCCAAUCUUGUCUCAGCUGCAGGUCACCGCACCCCAGGAUGCUGUCCUGCACAACUCGGCCUUGACUUUCCUCCAGGGCCUGUACCCUCCUACUGGCAAGACCGAGACUCUUGCCAAUGGAACCAAGGUUGAGGGACCUCUCGGCGGAUAUCAGUAUAUUCCUGUCAACGCCAUCAGUGAUGCUGCCACAGCCAAUAAAGCCGAGAACCAGGGCUGGCUGCAGGGCGGCAGUGGCUGUGACAACGGUGUGGCGAGCUCCAACAGCUACUUCACCUCUUCUGACUACAAGAAGACCUACGACGAGUCCAUGGACUUGUAUCAGAGCAUCGUGCCUGUUAUCAGCACCACCUACAACAAGGAUGCUGCCAACUUCAAGAACGGCUAUACCAUCUGGGACUACAUCAACGUCGCCAAGAUUCACAACUCUUCGAUCCCCUCUGGCAACUUGAUCACCAACCAGACUUUUGACCGUCUCUUCAACCUGGCCUCUAUCCACGAGUGGAACCUGGCCUACAACGCCAGUGAGCCCGUCCGUGCAAUUGCCGGCUCCGUCCUGGGCGGCCAAAUCCUCGACUCCCUCCAGGCAGUUGUGGACGGCACCAAGGGAGCCGCCAAGUUCAACGCUCAGUUCGGCGCCUAUGGCACCUUCAUGGCCUUCUUCGGUCUCGCCCAGCUCCCCAAGGCCAGCCAGGACUUCUACGGCAUCGUCGACUACGCCUCCUCCAUGACCUUUGAGCUGUACACCACCAGCACAGCCGCCAAGCCCACCGCCGACGACAUCAGCGUCCGCUUCUUCUUCGCCAACGGCACCGCUGCCAACAACGAGCUCAAGCCAUUCCCCCUUUUCGGCCAGGACAAGAACUCCCUCUCCUGGAACGACUUCAAGGCCGGCAUGAACAAGUUCGCCAUUACCGACACCAAGCACUGGUGCACUCUCUGCGGCAGCUCCAGCGGCGCCUGUGCCGCCAACUCCACCACCUCCGGUGGCGACGGUGCGUCCACCAAGUCCAACGACUCUUCCGACAAUGGCGUCUCCAAGCCCGUUGCCGGCGUCAUCGGCGCCCUCGUUACCCUCGUCGUCAUUCUUGGCCUCCAGGCUGCCGUCAUCCUCCUCGGUGGCCUCCGCCUCGUCAAGAAGUCUACCCUCGCAAGAGCCAGCAAUGGCCCCGAGACUGCUGGUGUCAAGGGCCAGUAA